AUGUGUUCACGCGUUCCGUUCCGCGUGCUCCGAACCGUCACGAGUUUCCGCUCGUUCUCGGCGAACACGAAACCGGCGUUCACCUCCGACAGAUACAAGGUUCAACGGGGCCCGUACGCGAGGAUCACGAACGAGCACACGGACUUUUUCGACAGUCUGCUUGGUCCGAACAGGGUGAUCUCGAAUUCGGAGGAAUGCGAGCACUACAACAUAGAUUACUCGAAAAUCGUCCGAGGGAAGAGCAAUCUGAUUCUAAAGCCGAAAACGACGGAGGAAGUGUCUGCCAUAUUGAAGUAUUGCAAUGACAAUAGGUUAGCCGUGUGCCCUCAGAGCGGUAACACUGGUCUCGUGGGCGGCAGCGUGCCGGUGUUCGAUGAGAUCGUUAUUUCGAUGAAACUUAUGAACAAGAUCAUCGAGACCAAUGAACUGGCAGGGGUGUUGACUUGCGAAGCUGGCUGCGUGUUGGAGGAUAUGGACAAUCAUUUGGCGACAGUAGGGUUAAUGAUGCCGAUUGAUCUCGGCGCGAAGGGUAGUUGCUUGAUCGGCGGUUGCGUGUCAACGAACGCAGGCGGUCUGAGGCUACUUCGUUAUGGGAACCUGCACGGGAACGUGUUGGGCCUCGAGGCUGUGAAAGCGAACGGCGACGUGGUGGAUUGUCUGAGCACGUUGAAGAAGAACAACACCGGUUAUCAUUUGAAGCACUUGUUCAUAGGCUCCGAGGGAACGUUGGGAAUUGUGACAAAAGUCGCGAUUCAAUGCCCGCCCCUUCCCAGAGCUAUAAACGUAGCGUUUUUAGGAUUGAACAGCUUCGACAAGGUCCUGAAAGCGUUUCAACUAGCGAAAAAGGAAUUAGGAGAGAUUCUAUCCUCGUAUGAGAUGAUGGACAAGCUGUCGCUGGACGUGUCGACCGGCACUUUCGAUUUGAAAAAUCCGUUGACAACGAAACCGGACGGGCAUGAUUUCUACGUUCUGUUGGAGACAUCCGGGAGCAACGUGCAACACGACGAGGAGAAGCUCGCGUCUUUCGUGGAACAGGCGCUCGCGGAGGAUAUAAUCGAGGAUGGUACACUAACGUCGGACCCUGCUAAAGUAAAAAAUAUAUGGUCGCUCAGGGAACGCAUUAGCGAAGGUAUCUUGCGAGAAGGAUACGUGUUUAAGUAUGAUAUUUCGAUACCCCUUCCAUCUUUCUACAAAGUGAUCGAGGUGCUCAGGGAUCGUGUGCGUGAUCCACGCAUCAUAAGGAUCAGCGGUUACGGCCAUUUAGGCGAUGGAAACAUACACGUGCAGAUUUCGAUACCGACCUACGAAGCUGACAUAGCGGCGCAGUUGCAGCCAUUUAUUUUCGAAUAUGUGUCGAGUCUCCGUGGUAGCGUGAGCGCCGAACACGGCAUAGGAUUUACGAAAACUAAAUAUCUUCACAUGAGUAGAACGCCUUCCGAAAUCGAUCUGAUGCACGAUUUGAAGAAGCUGAUGGAUCCGAACGGCAUCCUUAAUCCGUACAAAGUUCUGCAUCCGCUUAAGACGUUAUCGUAA